CUUCCUUUCUCGUCCGCUUUCCAAGGCCACUGCAAGCGCGACAGCCAAACGGAAACGAGAACUCUCCUCCCUCUCUUUGGACUCAUUGGUUAAGGGGAGAGCGGGGAGGCGCGCAAGAGACAGAGAGAACCCCAUCUCUAUAUCUCUAUGGGCAGCAAAAUAAAGCUACGGGCGGUGAGAAUCAUCGGUAUCUAACUAUCCCCCCUCUCGUCCCCUUUUCAAAAGUGGCGCCUGCCCCUCUCUCUUUCUUUAUCUGCUUCUUUCUUUCACAUUCCUUUUCCCUCUCUCUCCUCCUCCUCCUUCCUCUUCUCUUCUUGGGUUUAAGCAAAGAAGAUGGCGUCCAGCGCUUUUCGGUUCAUCAAAUGCGUGACCGUUGGCGACGGCGCCGUCGGGAAGACCUGCAUGCUUAUCUGCUACACCAGCAACAAAUUCCCGACCGACUACAUUCCGACGGUGUUCGAUAACUUCAGCGCCAAUGUUGUUGUUGAUGGAACCACCGUGAAUUUAGGCCUCUGGGACACUGCUGGGCAAGAGGAUUACAAUAGAUUGAGGCCGUUGAGCUACCGAGGGGCGGACGUUUUUGUGCUCGCUUUCUCGCUGGUGAGCCGAGCGAGCUAUGAAAAUGUUCUGAAGAAGUGGAUACCUGAGCUUCAGCAUUUUGCACCGGGAGUCCCUGUGGUGCUGGUCGGCACCAAAUUGGAUCUUCGUGAAGAUAAAUAUUUUCUCUCAGACCAUCCUGGCAUUAUACCUGUUACUACUGCUCAGGGAGAGGAACUCCGUAAGCAAAUAGGCGCUGCGUAUUAUAUAGAGUGUAGCUCGAAAACACAACAGAAUGUCAAAGCAGUGUUUGAUGCUGCCACCAAGAUAGUUAUUCGGCCUCCACAAAAACAGAAGGAAAAGAAGAAAAAGCCACAGCAUGGAUGUUCACUAUUAUUGAAGUCUUUGGACUUGGGAACGAUCAUCAUUAUGAAACGACAAAGGCUUCUGGCAACCUUUUGUGUAUGAGAAUGUUACCAUCAAACGAGAAUAUCAUUUCUGGGUGGAAACUUGUGUGCUUUAAAUAAAAGCACCCUCAGGAUCACAUUUAGAGUUCCCUUGCAGAAAAUGCUAUGCUGAUGUCUGGCCCAAGAGUGCAUCAGGUUUGAGUUAAUGGUGCAGUUCCUCUUGGAAACUGUAAAGUGCCCUGCCAGCUGUAUCAGAAGUAAAUGAAUCAUUUUGUUCGCAACGAAACAAGAAAAUAUAUGUUCUUUUGCAGAGAGGAGGAUGUUUGUUCUUGAUGCCAUGUUCAUUUAGUAUCAAUUUUGUUUGAAUCAAGAAGCUUAACCAAGGCAACUAAAUGAUUUAGCAGGACAUAUCUGUUAGUUUCAGUCACCUCCUGCAGCGGGUAAAACUUUCAGAUGGCAGUGGUUCUUUCUUUCUUUCUUUCUUUUCUUUUUGUAAUUCAGAACUAAUGGAACUCAAAUCUUCCAUGUUCAGUACUCUCCAACUAUUACAGUGCUUUCAAGCGAGGCUAGUAUGCCUUCCUACAAUAAACUGCUAUGUUUUCUUCUA